AUGCUAAAGGCAAACUGGCGAUGCUAACUGCAAACUGGCAAUGCUAUCAGCUAACUAGCAAUUAUAAAGGCUAGCUGGCGAUGCUAACUGCAAACUGGCAAUGCUAUCAGCUAACUAUACAUUAUAAAGGCUAGCUAGCGAUGCUAAAGGCUAACUGGCGAUGCUAACUGCAGACUGGCAAUGCUAUCAGCUAACUAACAAUUAUAAAGGCUAGCUGGCGAUGCUAACUGGCAAUGUUAUCAGCUAACUAGCAAUUAUAAAGGCUAGCUGGCAAUGCUAUCAGCUAACUGGCGAUGCUUACAAGGGUAUUUAAAAAGGGUUAAACUUGCUUUUGUUGGAGUAACUGUCUCUGCUGCCCAGAGAAGACUGUGAGAAUUUGAUUGCUUUCAGAAAUGCAUCAGGCUGGUCAGAAUGAUCACAUAAUAAACUUUUUAUAAUAUCUAGAUAUAUUAAGAUAUUCUAUUUAUAUAUCGUCAAAAGUUUUAGAACAUCCCCAGUUUUGCCAUUUUGUGAAUAACCUGAAAUGGUACAAAAGUUAUCAGUAAACUAUCAAGGAAAAAACAACAAUAAACAGUAACAAAAUGUAUAUACUGUAAAAUCAAUUUCCAAACUCUUAGUCUGUAGUAAAUUAGUGGUGGAACAGACCCUUACACACAGCACAUUUACACUUUUAUCAUCAUAAUAACUAGAAAAAGACACAGAAACACAGAGAACUCUGUAACUAUUAAAAGUAGAAGUUCUUUCUGUUCUUUAGAGAAAUUACAGAUGAAGUCAGAGAGCGGUGAGUACUGUUUCCUACACCUUCAAAUAAAGACUCUUAGAAACUGGAGACAAAAAACUGCUACAGGAAGACGUCUGGCUGACCCACAUGGAAACAGCAGCUUUAGCCUUUAGCUCAGAUUAACAUGAUUAAGAACUGAGACUCAGUUUCAGCAGAGAAGAGAAUUAGAAUUAGAAUUAGAGUUAAUCUGACAGGAGAAGAACUGCAGUAAUAAAGUUAUUAAUAAGAUAAAGAUAAAAUAAUAAAACUGUAGAAUGUCACAGUGUCUGCAGGAACUGAACUUUUUAGUCUGUUCAUUUCGAUAGAGUGACCUGUGAACAGCGAUGUGUGUGUUUGUGUGGGUGUGGGUGUGGGUGUGUUUAUUAUUUCUCACCACAGUCCUCACCAUCCGUGAGAUCACACUGCUAAAAACACACACACACUGCUGAUCAUAUCGACUGAACUUGUUAUUGGCCAAGGUCUCUUAUUGGCCAGUUUAUUAGAAACACUGUUCUGGUCUCAGAUCAGUGUGAGAGUGUGUUUUACAUCAUCACUGCUCUUACAGCUGACCAGCUUCCUGAUUCUGACUCUGUCCAUCUCCGGCUGUAGAGGAGCUGUGUGUUUAAUUCAGCAUCAGUUCUGGUUCUGUUCUGCUGUGAUCGGGUCGGUUCUGACUGUAGGUGGAGGAGGAAGCAUCGCCAUGUUUCGGGGGUCCGUCUCCCUCCUGAUCUUCAGUGUGAUUGUCAGUGGCACUGUGGCAGGGCUGGCUUCGGUGGGCAGGCAGGGUUUUACCGUGGUCUGGAACAUGCCCACGGCGAGGUGCCAGCGGCGCUACGGCGUCUCGCUGCCCCUGCAGGAGUUCGGCAUCGUGCACAACGCUGGAGAACGCUUCAUGGGUGAGAACAUCAGCCUUUUCUACAAACAGCGACUCGGCCUGUACCCGUACGUAAACCGCCAGGGCGCCAACGUGCACGGGGGCAUCCCUCAACUGGGCGACCUGCGGGCUCACCUGAACCUCACUAAGCGUCAAGUUCAGCAAUCUAUGCAGAGUGGCUUCAGCGGAUUGGCCGUGCUGGACUGGGAGGCGUGGCGACCGGUGUGGGGGCGGAACUUCGGCUCCAAAGAGGUCUACCGUAGGCUGUCCAAAGAGUUGGUGUGGAUGAAGCAUCCUGAAAUGCCUGAGAAGGAAGUGACUUCGAUGGCAAGGGUGGAGUUCCAGACAUCAGCGAAGGCUUUCAUGGAGGAGACCCUGGCACUGGGUACCCGCCUCCACCCCAGAGGAUUGUGGGGGUUCUACGGGUUCCCCUACUGCUACAACAACCACGGCAUUAAGGAGGACAUGUACACGGGGCAGUGCUCGCCCGGCACCGAGGCUCUGAACGAUAAACUGGCGUAUUUAUGGAGCGGCUCCACCGCGCUGUACCCGAGCAUCUACGUGCAACGCCGCCUCUCGGCACAUCCCAACGUGCGGCUGAUGGUACGACACCGUGUACUCGAGGCGCUACGAGUGGCAUCCCAGCAUGCACCGGGCUCUAAACCACUUCCUGUUCUACCGUACGCUAGAGUGGCCUUCAUACGGACGCUGACGCUUUUAAACCAGGUGGAUCUGGAGAACACGCUCGGGGAGAGUGCAGCUUUAGGUGCUGCUGGUGUUGUUCUGUGGGGCAGUCUGGAUUUCGCCAAGUCUAAGAGGCAGUGUGGUGUUCUGCGGGACUACAUUAACUCCGUGUUGGGGGGGUACGUGGUGCGUCUCCGGCGGGGCGUGGCACACUGCAGUGAGACCGUGUGCCACGCCCGCGGGCGCUGUGCCAGGCGUGACCCCCACUCUGGUCACAUGAUCCCCCUGCUGGAGCCCUCAGGCCAAUUAAACCUUAACCUGAGCUCCCAGUUCAGGUGUGUGUGUUAUGAGGGGUGGGGGGGCGAGCAGUGCGAGAAGAAGACCACGCCCACCUGAGUGAUGCCAGAAAAACACACACCUGAACCCGUUAAUGCAGAUACACACAUUCUGUAUUAAAUUUUUAUUAUAAUAAAUUAUAUAUAU